AGACAAACUAUAUAAUUAGUUUUUAUUUUCAUCUCUAUUUAGUUCUCUAUGCAUAUGCCGCAAGAUUGGAUGUGAUGUGAAAUCUUGAAAAAAAAUUGGCGAACAUCUGCUAGAACUAGAAGCGGCACUGAGGUCUGAGGCAGCGUGCCAGCAUACGCAACUAGACAGCCGCCAUAGAUAAAAAUCCCCCAGCCGAGUUCGAGCCUAUCUCCAUCAUAGUCCACAGUUCGGCGCCAUGCAACUCGCAGUGUCACCCGACAACCUCCUCUUCUUCUGCUCCGUCACGGCGUCGGUGGCCGCCGCCUUCGCCCUCGUCUCGCUGUGCAGGCACCUGGCGCACCGGCGACCACAGCAGGAGCCCUCCGCGUACGACGGCGGCCUCGCGGCAAGCUCAGGAGGCCGAGGCUCCGCCGAGUCGUCAGAAGAAGAAGAUCAGCUCCUGCCGCUGAGCGCCGCCGCCGCGGCGCUCCCCCCGUUCAUGUACAACCGGCUGGUGAGGCACAGCGGCAAGGGCGCGAGCUGGACGGAGACGGAGUGCGCGGUCUGCCUCGGCGUCAUCCAGGUGGGCGCCAUGGUGAAGCUGCUCCCGGCGUGCAGCCAUGUCUACCACCGCGACUGCAUCGACCUGUGGCUGUCGCUGUCGUCGCGCUCCACGUGCCCGCUCUGCCGGUGCAGGGUUGGUGCUGCCUCGGUGGCCGGCGCCGGCCAGGAGACGACGACGCACCGGCAGCUUGCUCAAGCUCAACCUUCCCCUGCAUAGAUAGAUAAAAUCCUCACGCGCCGGCAUGUAGCAGAUGUUUGUACUACUAGGCCAGUUUCACCGCUCACUCGUCUGUAAAGACCAAGCUGCCGCUUGUGCUGUAUAUACUAUGCGAGUUUGCAUACAGUUUCAUUAGAAACGUGAGCAUAUUUACAUCUCAGCUAUUAGGGGUUCGUGAUUUA